AUGGAAACUGCAGAAGAACGUUUGACGAAGGCACGAGAAAUUUAUGAUCAUCAUAUUAUGGUUGAAAUGCUUGCUCACACGCAUAAUUAUUCGAAAGAUUCGUUACAAUUUGUACAAAGAAAUCUUAUGAAAAAUAAUGUACCUCCGGAGCUUUUCCAGGCUGAAUUAGUUGACCAAAAAAAAAAAAUUGCUCUUCUUUUAGACAUUAUAGUUAUCUGUAGUAAUGCUUCGGGUAUUGCCGUUACUGUUCACCCAUCUUUAACGUCUUAUAUGUGGUUGAAAAGAAAGAAAACUAAGAAACAAAGUCUCAAAAAUAACAGCUUUGUUUUUUUUUUUUUCAGCGCUAAAUUUACCAGGUUUUGCCAAUGGAAAAACCUGGAAUUGAAUAUGCAAUUAACAAUGAACGAUUUUUCGGUUCAUCGCAUUAUUGGUCGAGGUGGUUUUGGUGAAGUUUAUGGUUGCCGUAAAGCCGAUACUGGCAAAAUGUACGCGAUGAAAUGUUUAGAUAAGAAGCGGAUUAAGCUGAAACAGGGCGAAACAUUGGCUUUAAAUGAACGAAUAAUGCUUAGUUUGGUAUCCACAGGUCAAGACUGUCCCUUCAUUGUCUGUAUGACCUAUGCCUUUCAAUCAGCGGAUAAACUCUGCUUUAUACUGGACCUGAUGAAUGGCGGUGAUCUACAUUACCACUUAAGUCAGCAUGGAGUUUUUUCUGAAAGCGAAAUGCUAUUCUAUGCCGCUGAGGUGAUACUGGGCCUUGAGCACAUGCACAACCGGUUUGUGGUCUACCGUGACUUAAAGCCCGCAAACAUCCUUCUCGACGAGAAUGGCCAUGCUCGGGUUUCCGACCUUGGCUUAGCUUGCGACUUUUCUAAGAAGAAACCUCAUGCUAGUGUAGGCACUCACGGGUACAUGGCUCCUGAAGUAUUAGCUAAAGGAGUCGCUUACGAUUCAUCUGCAGACUGGUUUUCAUUUGGUUGCAUGCUUUAUAAACUUCUCAAAGGUCAUAGUCCAUUUAGGCAACGAAGAGCAAAAGUUGGCGAUAAGGAUAAAAAUGAGAUUGAUAAAAUGACGAUGACUCAGGAUAUUGAACUGCCAGAUGCUGGAUUCUCUCCAGAAUGUCGAGAUUUAUUAGAAGGACUUUUAAAGCGCGACGUACCUGAAAGACUAGGUUGCCGUGGAAGAGGGCCGCAAGAAGUUAAGGAACAUCCCUUUUUUGCGGAUAUUGAUUGGCAAACAGUUUAUCUCCGGCGAAUGCCACCCCCAUUGAUACCUCCCCGAGGAGAAGUCAACGCAGCUGAUGCUUUUGAUAUUGGUAAUUUUGACGAUGAUGAAGUCAAGGGAGUAAAGUUGACAGAUUUGGACAACGAGCUGUAUAAGAAUUUCAAUAUAACAAUCUCGGAAAGGUGGCAAAAUGAAAUUGCUGAUACCAUCUUUGAGGUGGUUAACCAAGAUGCCGAUAAGAUGGAAGCAAAGAAAAAGGCCAAACAAAAGGCAAAAGUUAGUGUUGACGAAAAAGAUUCCGAUGUCAUAAUUCAUGGAUAUAUUAAAAAAUUGGGUGGUCCAUUUGCAUCAGCUUGGCAAACUAAAUAUGGCAAGCUGUAUCCGAGCCGUUUAGAAUUAUAUCCGGAGUCACUUAACGGGAGACCAGAAUUAGUAUUUAUGGACCAAAUCGAAGAUGUUGGACCGGAAUUAUCGCCGUUUAAAGGCGAAACAACAAUUGUUAUAAAAUUAAAAGAGGGAUUUAAAGAAACAAAACUGGUCCUUACCAAUCACGAUGAAAUAUCACUUCGUGAAUGGCACACUUCACUGCGUACAGCUCAUCGAGUUUCUUCAGAACUGCUUCAACGAAUGGGAAGAAAAGCAAUAAAAAUUUACGGAGUAAAUCAUGAUCCAAUGUUACAUGACCAAGAACGAACUCGCGGUUUCCUUAAUCGUGCAUCAUCGGUGGAUUCGCCAAUGUAA